UGUGAAAUGAAAAACCCGAGUAUCAACAACGUUGCCCCGAACAUGACGAUCAGCGGGGAGGUGAUCUUGAGCGGCCUGUCCGAGGAGAACCCGUUCGCCGAGUACAUGUGGAUGGAGAACGAGGAGGAGUUCAACCGGCAGGUGGAGGAGGAGCUGUGGGAGGAGGACUUCAUAGAGCACUGUUUUCAGGAGAUGCUGGAAGAAGAGCAGUGGGAGUGGUUCAUCCCAUCUAGAGACCUCCCCUCCCUGCAGGAACAGAUCACUCUCCUGGUUCUGGAUGACACAGAUGCAGACUGCAUUGUGGUCCAUAGCAGCCUGAACCCCAAUGCUAAGGAGUUCACUCCAGGGAUCCAGAAACAUGUCAUGUGACCCAGCCCCAGUCCACACUGUGACAUCACCAAUACCAUGUCUGCUGUUUGUUUUCUAGCUGCCACUUAACCGUCAGCCCGUGUUGCCAAAGUUGUGUACUCGCCUCGCAUGUGUUCAGAUUCUCGUUGUGUCAGUUGCUGAAUGUAAAUCAGUUCAGUUGAGCUGGAGAACAAACUGUUUUUCAGUUAAACUCUCGUGUUCUUUUAUUUGCACUUUGAUUUUAUAAGUUUCAUGAUUUUACACUUUGAAAAGGACUGUGUCGGCACAUGGUUCGGUUUCUCUUUGUGACACUGAAGCUUGGUUCUGAUUGUGUUUGGUUUGUGUCUUAUGUGUUUUUCUGUCCCUUUGGUCCCUGCUGACCUCAGAGCAGCUGAUCGUUAUCUCAUGUUUGUUUCGAGGAUUUUCUAAGUGCACAUAAAGUACUGUAUAAAAAGUCAUAUAAUGAGAAAGGUUUUCAAAAAACUCUAUUUUUUCUUAAACUAUUUGAAAAUAAAUGUUGAAAUAAAUAAAUGAAGAAAAGCUUUUGGGCCAUUC